AUGAUUACAUUUUGUAGUGUCGACCUCCAUUUAGAACAUCAUUUCAGUGAAGAUAAGGCACCCACUGAUCCAUCUGUAGCUCAUAAUAAGAAGGUUUCCAAGGAUGAGGAGGAUCACCCACUCCGCUUCACGAAGAAAAGCGGAGAAAAGACAUCGAUGGAUCGACCUGUAGGUCAACAUAAGGUUACGGAGCAUGAGAAAGAUCGCCCACCCCGCUUAGCUCACAGCCUGAUGCCAAAAUCAGAUAUACUUUCAGCUGGAACCCCCGUAGUUUAUAAGCUCCAAACCGAACUGAAAUUAAAGAGGGAAAAGGGGAAGAUUAUCAAGAAGAGCGUCGGCAGCCCUAGAGAUCUUGGUGGUCGAGGAACUGAAAAAGUGCUUAUGGUGGUUGGCGCAACGGGAGCCGGAAAGACGACGCUGAUCAACGGCAUGGUCAACUACAUCCUAGGUGUGGAGUGGGCAGAUGAGUUCCGUUUCAAACUCGUCGUAGAAGAUAGCGAGCAAACACAAGCUCACAGUCAGACAAAGGAAAUCACAGCCUACACGUUUCACCCGAUGGAGGGCUCCGCUGUUCCUUACACGUUCACCAUUAUUGAUACACCAGGCUUUGGAGAUACAGAGGGACUCAAGAGAGACAAAGAAAUCACAAAUCAGAUAAAAGAGUUUUUUUUAAUUCCUCCUCCAAAUGGUAUCGACCACCUCGAUGGCGUUGGUUUUGUCACUCAAGCUCCCUUGGCGCGCCUGACCCCCACACAAGAGUACAUCUUCACAUCCAUCUUGUCCAUUUUUGGGAAAGAUGUAGCUAAAAAUAUUUUCAUCCUGAUCACCUUUGCAGACGCUGAAAAUCCCCCUGUAAUGGAAGCCAUAAAGAAAGCCAACAUCCCUGCUCAGGAGUUUCAUAAAUUCAACAACUCAGCCAUUUUUGCAAAUAAUACUAAAACGGCCCAGAAAAACGAAGACAGAGAAGAUGAAGAUGAAGAUGAACAUGAUUUUUUUAACCAAAUGUGUUGGAAGAUGGGGGCCCGUUCCUUCAAAAAAUUCUUCUCUGCUUUCGAAAAAUCGCGAAGCGUCAGUCUCCAACUCACUCAAGAGGUGCUGAAGGAACGAGAACAGCUACAAAACUUGGUGGAAGGGCUGACCCCGCAGAUCAACCAGGGUCUCAGCAAAAUUGAAGUAAUGCGACAGGAAGAGAAUAUCUUGAGACAGCAUGAAACGGAGAUCGAGCAGAACAAAUACUUCACAUUCCCGGUUGAAGUUACGAAAGCAACAAAGAAAGACCUCAGUGGGACUGGUCAGCACACUACCACAUGUCGUCGCUGCACCUUCACGUGUCAUAAAGAUUGUGUGUACUCAAAUGACGGCGACAAAAUUAAAUGUUGCGCGAUGGACAGGAGUGGUUCCUGCACAGUCUGUCCAAACCAUUGCUUUUGGAGCGAACACUCGAAUCUUCCCUACGUUUUUGAGUACGAAACGGUCAUGGAGAUAAGAACCUCAGAGGAUCUUAAAAAGAAAUACGACGCGGCCAAGUCAGGGAAGACUAAAGUACAAGGCAUGAUUGAACAACUAGAAGAGUCUCUUACGGAGGUGCACAACAAUGUCCUCUCAAUGAUGUUCAAAGCUCAGCAAAGCCUGAAACGCCUUGAUGAAAUUGCUCUCAAACCCAACCCACUGACCAAGACAGAGUAUCUGGAGCUACUCAUUGAGUCCGAAAAGAGUGAAGCCAAGCCGGGAUGGAAACAGCGCGUUCACUACUUCGAACAAGCCAAACGUCAAGCUGAAAUUCUGUCCAAAGCCAGAAAUCCUAAAGCAGCUGAAAAGCUGAUUAACGAGGAGGCAUCUAAAGAAGAGAAAUGGUAUUUCCGAUUUAUAUUUUGGAGAUCUUAACGACUUCUCUAUUAGUCCAAUCGGGUGGAGAUCUUUAAAGAUGUUGGCAUGACGCCCAGGGAUCAUUUGUGAGUCGUGCGACUGAUAUAUGUGCUGAAACAAUUCUCGGAUACUCUAGUCUGUAGAGACCUUAUUGAUUAUAUACCGUAUUAAACGUUUUGGCAAAUUGUAGUUAAAGAGCUGAAGUGCCAUAGAAUUUAAACUCUUAUUGGAUUGUGAAAAUCAAGAAAAAUGACAGCCUGUAAUUUUUCUUUAAAAGAAAUAAGCGAGA